AUGUCGAUGUCCAAGAGCUCCAAGAUGCUGCCAUAUAUAAACUAUAGGAUGAGGGUGACGAUCCACGACGACCGGCAACUCGUCGGGAAGUUCAUGGCCUUCGACUGCCACAUGAAUCUCGUCCUCGAAGACUGCGAGGAGUUCUGGUGCCUUCCCCCUGUCAAGGGUAAGAAGGAGGAGCAUGAGGAUCGUCGAACCCUUGGCCUCGUCCUCCUCCAUGGUGAGGAGGUCGUCUCUCUGACCGUCAAGGGCCCUCCCCCUCCCAAAGAAUCCCGCGCCACGUCCGUUGUUGUUGGCGUCAGCCCUGGUGAUGGCAAUGGCAACGGUGGAGACGGCGACGGCUAA